GCCGUGCACGUUAGCAAUACCAAAACUCAUAUCGUAAGUAACACAAACAUAUAUAUAUACGACCACGCUCAGCUCUCCCUCCCUCCCUCACAACCCUAUCUCCUUGCAAUGGAGAUAGAGGAAAAUCAAGCCCACCUCAUCGACCACUUCGUGAAGCAAGUCUCCAGUGGUACUGAUCACACACCCUCCUCUCUCGCCAACCUCAUCGUCGAAGCCACCUCCCACUCUUCUCUCUUCGCUUUCUCUGAGAUUCUCGCCCUCCCCAAUCUCCUUCAGCUUCAGGGAACUGAAUAUUCUGGAUACAUUGAUGUGCUUCGGCUAUUUGCUCAUGGUAGAUGGAGAGACUACAAGAGUAAUGCUGGCCUUCUUCCAUUGCUAGUACCUGAUCAAAUCCUCAAGUUAAAACAGCUUAGUGUACUUACUCUUGCUGAGACAAACAAGGUUCUUGCCUAUGAUCAACUUCUUGAGGAACUUGAUAUUUCUAACGUACGAGAACUUGAAGACUUUCUUAUCAAUGAGUGCAUCUAUGCCGGCAUAGUCAAAGGGAAGUUGGAUCAGAAGCAAAGACGUUUUGAGGUACAAUUUGCAGCAGGGAGGGAUUUGAGACCUGGACAGCUUGAUAAUAUGAUACAGACCUUAGGAAACUGGUUAGAAAAUUCAGACAAUGUACUUCUCACAAUUCAAGAGAAGAUUAAAUGGGCUGAAACAAAGUCUGUGUCAGAUACGAAACACCAGGAGGAAGUUAAGGAAAGGGUGGAAGAAGUCAAGAAAUCUCUCAGUCACAAGGGUUACAAUGGGAGCCGACCACUUGGCAAGAUGAUGUGCUCGGAAAGUGACGAAGAAAUGGAAUUUUAUGAGCACGAUCGAAUCCAACCCAAAAGGAGAAGACCACCGAGACAUUUCUAUGGGCUAAAACCAUAGAUCCUUUGGCGUGUUCCAGAGCCUCGCCAGAUUAUCUUUGUUCAUGGUGUUUUGCAAUAUUAUAAAGGGAGCAUGAGUUCCAUCUUGUCAUUGUAUUUCAUUUAAAUUUAUGGAGAACAAAUCGAGCUUUCUGGUGAAACCAAAAACUUUACUAGAUGUAAUGCAAUAUGGCCUGCUCAGUAAUAUAGAUUAGUGGUUGCUCAUUUACCCUUAAAUUAGGCUAUGAACACAUCAAGGAACGGAUUAGAAGGAAAGAUGAAUCCAUGUAUGAGAAUGGCCAUCUUAAUUUUCUUUCUUUAA